AUGGCGACUGCUUGCGCGUUGUGCUUCGUCGCCGUGGUCACCUGGUUCGUCUUAAUCGCCGUCCUGGUGCUGAGCUUUUUCGUCGACAACGGCACCGUCCAGAUGCGCGUCACGGCCAGCUAUGCUCUGGUCGACUGCGCCCCGCCGCCGCCGCCGCCAUCAUCAGCCGCAAGAAACAGCAGCGCCUUCCGCGAAAGCCUCCUCCCGCUCCUGAUCGCCCUGCCUGCCGCCGCCGCACCGCAUGGAUUCGCCUCCCUUCACUCCGACGACCACGGCGUCUUCGUCCGCGGCAUCUGCCUCGGCUUCGACCGCACCGACAGCUGCCACGCGUGCCUCGCCGCGGCCACCGAGAACCUCACCCGCAGCUGCCUUGGCGCGAGCCGCCGCGGCGGAGCUUGGAGGAGCGACAGCUGCUUCGUGGCCUACGCCGACACGAACACCUCCUCCGCGCGGGAGGACGCCUUCCGUGACGUGGUCUUCUCCGGCGAAGACCCGGGAGGGGACCCCAACUGCUUCGACACGCGGAAGCUCGUCGCGCUCGCGCGGUCCAUGGCGCGGCGACGCGCCGCGAAGGCCUUGGGAGCGCAUGUGUUCAGGGACGCGGCCGCUCUGGCGAGGAGGAGCGUCGCCGCGGAGAACACGGUGCGCUUGUUUCCGGACGUCGCGAGGGUGAAGACCAGGGUGCGCGUGCUGGCGCAGUGCGCGCGGGACCGCGCCGGCGCGGCGGAGUGCGCACGGUGCCUGGGCGACGCGGCGCGGCAGGUGCCGCCGUGCUCCUGGGGCCUCGACGGUGCGCACGUGCGCGUGGCGGACGUUGUCGGCUACAGCUGCUUCCUGCGAGUGGAGACAUUGGUUAAACCGCAGCCCGUGCCGACAUGGCGGACUCAUUUUUUGGAUAUGGCAAUGAACGUCCUGGUAGCGCUCGAAAUUUUUGCAACAGUUCUCGCCGCAGUAGCAUCAGUCUGUGAUUUCAUUGCUGAGCACAGUCUGAUCUGGGGCUCUGGUGAAGCAGGUGGUAACAGUCAUAUAAAGUCGCCGCUGCCGCUCCAUUUGAGUAGCCUCCCUUCUUGCAUUGCUUGGAUCACAUCCAGGUUAUCAGAGCAGCAAAUAACUCUGUUACAGCCAACAGUUUGA